CCUCCUUCCUGUACCCCGGUUGAGGAAGUGAAUUCGCUGACAGGGUUGGGUUCUGUGAGGGAGGCGAAAAGAAACAUCUUGUAUUCGGUGGGGACAAAAAUAACAAUUGGUCGAGGGGAGCGACUUAUGAAAGCUCAAUAAAACUGCACUGCAAAGCCACCGGUGAAAUUGUACCCCCUCCCCCCACUGAGAUCGCCGCAGAAGGCCGCAGACAUGAAUGACCAGCAGCUGGACUGUGCCCUGGACUUGAUGAGGCGUCUGCCUCCCCAGCAGAUUGAGAAGAACCUCAGUGACCUCAUCGACCUGGUGCCCAGUCUGUGUGAGGACCUCCUCUCCUCUGUGGACCAGCCCUUGAAGAUUGCCCGGGACAGGGUGGUGGGGAAAGACUACUUGCUCUGCGAUUACAACCGAGAUGGCGACUCCUACAGAUCUCCGUGGAGUAAUAAGUAUGAACCCCCCAUUGAUGACGGUGCAAUGCCUUCAGCCCGCCUGAGGAAACUUGAGGUGGAAGCCAACAAUGCCUUUGACCAGUACAGAGACUUGUACUUCGAGGGUGGCGUGUCCUCUGUGUACCUCUGGGACUUGGAUCAUGGCUUCGCUGGGGUCAUCCUCAUCAAAAAGGCUGGAGACGGAUCCAAGAAGAUCAAAGGCUGUUGGGACUCCAUCCAUGUGGUGGAGGUGCAGGAGAAGUCCAGUGGACGUACAGCUCACUACAAACUCACCUCCACUGUGAUGCUGUGGCUCCAGACAACCAAGACCGGCUCCGGCACCAUGAACUUGGGUGGCAGCCUUACAAGACAGAUGGAAAAAGAUGAGACGGUCGGAGAGUCUUCACCACACAUCGCCAACAUCGGCCGUCUUGUGGAAGAUAUGGAAAACAAGAUUCGAUCCACACUGAAUGAAAUCUACUUUGGGAAGACCAAGGACAUUGUCAAUGGCCUAAGAUCUAUUGACUCUUUGCCCGAUAACCAAAAGUAUCGGCAGCUCCAGAAGGAGCUGUCGCAGGUCCUCACCCAGCGCCAGAUCUUCAUUGACUAGGGCCAGAGGAGUGUUCAGACUCUGGCUGACAAGUCGAAGCAGGAGGCUCUGAAGAACGACCUGAUGGAGGCACUCAAACGCAAACAGCAAAGCUAGAAAUGCUAUUGUUCUCUCUUCUCUCUCUCUCUCUCUUCUCUCUCUCUUUUCUCUCUCGCUCCCUCUCUGUCUGUCUCCCUCUCUCUCUCUCUCUCUCUCUCUCUCUCUCUCAUUUCUGCCAUCUUUUCUCUGUUUCUGUACGUCUCCCUCCAUGCCUGUUUCCGUGCUGCACUCUUGUUUAUUUGUGGAAAAAGUACAAAAAGGAGAAAAUGCUUAGCUUUUUAUUUGUUUUUUAUUUGUUUUUGUUUUUUUCCAAACAUCAUUUUUGCGGCGUCUCGUCCGCCACAAAGCCAUUCACUCACGCUCCCUCUGCCUCUCUCUCUCUCUUUCUCCACCUCGACCUCUUACAUUACGAAUACGACGAUGGUAUUUAUGACGGUUUACGAUAAUCUUGCGGCGUGAGCGCGAUGUGCGUAGAGACCCCUCCCGACGACGCUUUCGUGGCCAAUGUGUCCACGGUCAAUUUGAGACGGAAAGACAAUGGCCCUGCUCUCAGCUGUGACUCCUGACGUGGGCGUGGACUUGGUAGACCGUAAUCCAAAUGGGGUGUGCGCGGGGAGGGGGGUUUGGUGGCGGGGCUAUCGGAUAGUCAUUCUUGACGUCAAAUUAAUUUUCUGGCGCCCAUUUUAAUUAAACAUGAACUAUGCCAUCCCCUAAUAUAUCCGUGUGAGAUUCUAGCUGUUAAUGUAGCUGUCAUUUGUUGCGAGUGACCCAGCGGUGAGGAGAGAGAGAGCACAGCCCCGCGAGGUUUUGUGCCGCGAGGACUCGUCGAUGGCUCACUCUCGGUUUCCACCCUGUCCACAUGCAUGUGAGUCUUUGGGAGCACGGGGCUGCGGUCAGUGGCAAUGUAGACUUGUAAAACAUGGGGACGGACUGUUAAACUCACUGUGUAUAACCAUGUUGUGAAAGCCCCCCUUCCCCCACACUGUGUAUAACAUGACACAUUUGCCUCCCCUCUGUUUCACUCUCCUACUCUUCUCUAUCUCUCCUCACCUCUGUCUUCGUUGGGUGGGUGAGGGGGGGGGGCCGUCACGGUUUGUCUCUGCGUCUUAACAGAAACCUUUGACCGUUUUGUUUCGAAGGGGAAUCUUUUAUUGUAUUUUGUUUUGUUUUUAUUUUGUAAAGCUUAUGAUUCAUAAUGUGUUAGAGCCUCCAGCAACAAUAAAAACAGUAAA